CGGCUCGUCGACAGCCCUGUCCCUCGCAUCCGCAUCCGAGAAACCGAGACGCCCUAAGCGCUAGCAGCCGGUCUUCCCUCUACUCGCCCGCCGCCGCCGCCGCCAUCGCCGUCGCCGUCGCCAGCCAUGGGGUACAGGAAGGACCAACUCCUCGCGCGCCUCCAGGAGCUCAAGAUUGACUUCACGUGCUACGAUCACCCUGUCGUGUUGACGGUGGAGGAACAGGCCAAACAUGUUGGCCAUUUAGGAGGUGCUUUGAGUAAAAAUUUACUCUUGAAGGACAAGAAGCAUCGGUUAUAUGUUGUUUCUGCCCUUGCUGAAACCAAAGUUGACAUGAAAAUUCUUUCCCAACGUCUUGGUUUGGGAAAAGGCGGUCUACGAAUGGCUCCUGAGGAAAAUCUUCUGCAAGUACUUCAGGUGCCCUUAGGGUGUGUUACUCCCUUUGCAUUAAUAAAUGAGUCUGCAAGUGCUGUUUCACUAUUACUUGAUAAAGGUUUCAAGUCUAAACAGACCUGCUACUUCCAUCCACUGACAAAUGAUGUGACGAUUGCUCUUAGCUCAAGCAAUCUGGACAAGUUUAUCAUCUCCAUUGGAAAGCAACCAGCAUAUGUGAACUUCGAGGAUGCACCAGCUGUUGGUAAGGAUAGUCCUCCUGAUCUAGCACAUCUGGUGCCAUCUGGUGUCCCAAAUUCCUCAGAACAACCAGUUGAGAACACGACACCUACUAAUGUUCCUCAUCAAAAUAAUGUGCCCAAAGCGACAGAAGUGAAGGCUAAGCCCAAAGUUCAGAGCAAGGGCCCAGAAACGUUGCAGAGCAAAGUAGAUAAACCUACUAAUGCUUCCAGUGUUGACAACUUUGUAAAUGAUGUGUUUGACAUCAUCUCCCCAUUGUUCUUGUCUGAGGCAUUGAAGAAAUUGGAUAUUAAAAAAGAAGAGCUUUCUUCUAUCAUAGAUGGCAUUAGGGGACGGGCUGCCCCAGAUUUGGAGAGUAUAGCGAGGAGUCUGAAGAGUGCAUCAUACACCUCAGGGUUUCACGCUGGCUUUGAAACCAUGCUAAAUCGUGGUUUAAGCGGCCGACCCUCUCGGAACUAAAUAGGAUAGUUUGAUACAAGAGACAGGAAUCUGAUUUUUACAUUUGUGUAUGCUAUUGACUAUUGAGUGAAAUCGACCUAUCUAUGACUUCCACAUUCCCAUGUUUUUUUA